GCACGCGCAGUCUCGCCCUCUAGCUAGCCUGCACAGCCAGGUCUUGCCGCUCGGUCCCUGGCGGCGACUUCGCUCUGGCGGUUCCUCUUGCCUGCGUGGACGCUCGUGUUUCUCUUCCUUGUGCCCCAUCUCCCGAUCUACCCUUCUCCUUUUACCCUUUCCCCCUCCUGUGAUUUUCCCCGUUUCCUUCGCUUACCCCACCUCAGGGUGCGCGCCUCCUUUUCCGUCUCUCUUCGUGUCCGUUUAGGUGCUGAUUUUCCUAACUUUGGUUUUCCCGUUCUCUCGGAGUUGCUGUCCGCCUGUACAUCCUGCUGAUUUCCGGACCCCUUCCUUUACGUUCAGGAUUCCCUAAUUUCCGAAUAGCCUGGCCCUGUCCCCCCGCCCCACCCCACCCCCCUUUUCUUUGCUUCCUUUCCGAGAAGCCGCUGUAAUAUUUCUGUCCCUUCGGCCCAAACCGCUGCGCCACUCCCUGUGUGCAUCUCCUUCCCUCCCAUCUGGGCUCCACUCUGUAAUUGUCACCUGUCUUCUCCAGUCUCACGGUGCCUCUCCCUCCCACCCUCUCUGUGUUGUCCUCUUUUUCUCUGUGCCUCCUGCCCCGUCUCCUCCCCCACACCCCUCUCCAGCUGCGUUUUUGUGCCCUAGGCCUCAUUUUCCUGCCCUUCCUUUUGGACUCUUGCUGCCGGACCUCUGACUCCUGGCAAGGUUCCAGUCCAUCCGUUUGCUCCUCCUCCUCUGCAUGGUUUCUCUUUUGCAGGGGUAGCAUCCCCUCUGACCACUUCCUCAUCCUUCUCCCCUGAGAAUUUCAUCCCACUCUUUUCUGGUUGUACCUCCUCUCGUGCUCAGACUUUGAGGUCCUAUCGUUUUGCAUUCCAGGCUGGUGCACGCCAUCUUCUCUGAUUGGCCCAAUCCCUUUGUGUGAUCCCUUGUCAGCCCAUUUCCCUGUUCUGUGUCCCAUCUUUUCUGCGACUCUCAGCCCUUUUGUUUGCCACGGGCUUCUGUGUUACGGAGCCUGUGUGCCAGGUGUUCCGAACAGUAAAGGGUGGCAGAAGUGACCUCUAGCUGGACUGCUGUGCAGGGGAGCAGUGCUAGACAAAAUUGGACAGUCUCUACACUCAGCGUGGGGCUUUAAUUCAUGACCUCAAAAUCAAGAGUUGUACACUGUUCCUACUGAGCCAGCUCGGCCCCCCUGUAAACAGAGACCCAGAGGCAGGUGAACAGAAAAUCCAGAUACUGACAAGAACUGAGCUUGAUACCUGGAUUGAAAUUGGUUCCAGAUUCACCUCUAGCAUUCAGGACCCAGACCCAGACCCAGGACCAUGGGACCCCAGCACUUGAGCCCUGCGCAGCUGCUCUGCCUCCUAGGGGCCAUCUCUACUCUUCCCCGGGCUGCGGCUCUUUUAUGCUAUGAAGCAACGUCCUCACUCUUCAGAGCUGUUUCUCUCCAUGACUGGAAAUGGCUUCUGAUGAGGAGCAUGGUGUGUAAGCUGAGUGAGGGCUGUGAGGAGACGCUGGUGUUCAUCGAGACAGGUGAAGGGACCAGAAGGGGAGUUGUGGGUUUUAAGGGCUGCAGUCCAGCCUCAUCUUACCCCCCGCAAGUCUCCUACCUUGUUUCGCCACCUGGAUUGUCCAUUGCCUCCUAUAGCCGUGUCUGCCGCACAUAUCUCUGCAAUAACCUCACCAACUUGGAUCCAUUUGUGAAACUCAAGGCCGGCACUCCUAAGUCGACAGCAUUUUCUUCCCACAGUUGCCCCACCUGCGUGGGUGAACACUCUAAGUCUUGCCUCCCAAAUUUUGUCACCACUGAUUUUUGCCCCUACGACGCCUCUAAGUGUUACAGUUCCACCUUAAAAUUCCAGGCAGGGCUUCUCAAUACCACCUUCCUCCUCUUGGGCUGUGCUCGUGGACAUCACAAACUUUUAUCAGAUUUUCACCAUAUUGGAAACAUCAGAGUAACUGAGGUCCUCAACAUCUUAGAGAAGGCCCAGGUUGCUAGUGCAGAGCGCUCCAGCCAUAGUCCUGCUUGGAGCAUCCUCUCCAGUUUUCUGCUUGCCUUCAGGGACUAACCGUCUAGCCAGCCUGGACAAACCCUUUCCAGUAACCCAGUAAAGUCACAGAGUUGCCUUUUU